AAAAAGUUCUUUUGUCUCUAUUCUUCUCGUUCUUUGUGUCGAGGUGCGGAUAUUGUUCAUUUGCCCAAUCAAAUUGCAGCUUGGAAGAGCUGCGUACUGACCCGAUAUUAGUUAAACAUGUCCCUCCCUUUUUUUGGUUUCCCCUAAUUUUUCUUGGCUUGUUUGCUCGGCGCAAAGAGCGACCAUUUUGCUCUCUUUUGACUUAUUAUGCGAACACUAUCCUCGUAUUUUUAUGAUAGGGGACAUAUUUCGUCAUUUAGGCCCUUGUACUUCUCACUGUCCUGGGUUACGCCCUGUACUAAAGAACUUCAUGAAACCCGGAUGGAGCGCCUCCAAAGCCCCGAUAGAGCGCUGUGUUAUCAAAUUGGGGGUAACAGUUUCUAAAUUAUCACGCGUAAAUUUUCUGUUGUUUCCCAUGCUCAUGUGCCUCAUACUUUGCUAAGAUUGGGGUGAUCGUGAUCACAUAAACAUUAGGGAAUAGUCGCAAACAGAAUUUUGCUCCUUAAAAAGCACUCGCCCUCCUCACACACCCAGUUACGGUCCUUGACCUUGCAAUUUAAAUUUUAGUCCAUAAAUAGGUUAUUUACGCAAAAAAAUAUAAUAUAUAUUUCCGCCUGAUCUAAAAAUAAAUAAUAAAUAAAUAGUUCUCGAGUUUUUUUUAAUGGCACCGUGGUGCCGGGUUGACGGGCAAAACACGGAAGCUUUUCUUUUUCAGGAAGUAGGUACUAGAUUCGUCGCACUCCAAGUAUGCUGGCGAUAAAAUUUAUUUAUCCCAUCACAAGAAAGCUAGUCAGUUUUGCUUUGAACACAAGCAGAAAAUUCAUUGCCAUUGUUGGAAACUCCCAUGCCUUCAAACAUGGCUGCCCUGUCCGUGUUUUCUGACAGGUAUUCAAAAAAGAUAUGGAUAUAAAGCAUUUAGUUGACUUACGUCAAUUUGCAAGACAGGUCAGAAUCUUGUGACGCUCGCCUGCGAGCACGGUUUGACAGUUAUUGCCUUGUGGGGCUUAUUCACAUUGAUGCGUUACCCCUUUAAUCCUUUUCUGGAGAUCACUUGUAUCUGGUGAUAACUGAAAUCAAGCAGAGUUUCCAGGGGUCAAAGGGCUUUCUGAUGAAUCUUGUAAUCCGAGUGAUUUUCCGGAACGAACCUCGUCGACGCUUGUUUCAUUGUCUUACUAUCGUUUAAUCAGUUCGCACCAGGAUCACCGAAUACAGUCUGGCUUACGAUCACCGCUAUAACCGAAGCACAUUGAUAAUAAGGCUGACCAAUACUUCGCUAUGAACCGCGCUCUUGGUUGAUUAGAAUCAAGCUGUGGUAAAGUCUAGCUACUGCUUCCGCCAUGAAGACGAAGUUCCAACAAGCAAAACCAAGACUUCUGCUUCUGUUCUCCUUCGUGGUCACUUCGCUAGCCACAAGCCGCUUUCACCAACCAGGCAACAUUACACUAGGGGUCAUUCUACCAGCGCAUUCGCAGACGGCCUCGGGCGAGUGUGGUGAGUUGUAUUUGCUUGGACUUGGCUACAUAGAGGCGAUAUCUUACGCUAUAGAGCGCAUCAACAACUCCACAGAGCUACUGCCUGGGCUCAGUCUUGGUCUGGAUGUGCGAGAUUACUGCUAUAACCCCAGACUUGCCAUGCAGUGGGCGUACAACAUCGUGGCUAACAAUGAUCAUAAUGAACUUGUUCAAAGGAAUGGAGUGCUUAGUGAUAAGUUUACCAACUUGACAGAUCCAGUGGUUGCCGUUAUUGGGACCAUCGAGUCGGGGAGCACAGGCCACAUUGCUGGUUUAUUUCAGGUAGUGAACAUCUCAAUUGUGAGUCCCUUCUCAACGAGCGAAGAACUAAGCUCUCCCUACUUCACCUCCUUUGCUCGCACCAUUCCCCCUGACGGCGAGCAAUCCAAAGCAAUGGCAGACAUCAUAGAUCACUUCAACUGGAGUUAUGUAGCGGCUGUGGCCCACGAUGGCUCUUACGGACAGCACGGCGUUCGUGCACUCGAGCGAGAGGCUUACAACAGACAGACGUUUUGUAUUGCCUUCGUUGAGUUUUUCACAACUUCUGGGUACAAAGGAAAAGUUGAAGAAAUUGUGCGAAAAAUCAAGCGACAGACAUCUGUGAAGGUGAUAGUAUUUUGGAGUAAUUAUUACCAAACACAUGCGUUUCUGAGCGAGGCGACCAAACAAGGCUUAACGGACCGCACGUUUCUUCUGAGUGAGGCUAUGGCGACUUUCGGGACGCAGGUCAUCAGGAGGUAUUCCUCAGUUUUGGGUAACUCAUUAGCGAUAAUGCCCCACCAGUUUCCUGACAGCGAGUUUGAGAAACAUUUGAAGAAUCUAACACCAGAUAAAACAAGACAAGGUGGGAAUCCGUGGUGGGAGGAGUACUGGGCAAGUGAAGCUGAAUGUGUGGAAUCAGGAUCAAAGGAAUGCAAUGCUCAGAUCGUCUCUGAAUCCGGGUUUAAGAAACUUUACAGUGCCUAUGUCUCCUACGUAACCGACUCCGUGUACGCAGUGGCUAACGGUUUGGACAAGUGGCAUAAAUCCCAGCUUGAGCUAAACAUCACAGACGCGAAGAUAGAGCCCUACGAGCUAUUAAAAUUCAUGAAUAACUUAACGUUUCGCGGCAUCACGGGAACGGUACAUUUCAAGACGUCUGGGGACCCGGCAAAUGCUUACUAUGACGUCAUGAACUUCCGCAGGAAGGAUAACAACAGCGAGUAUUAUCUCGAAAACAUUGGAUUCUGGAAGAAGGAUUCAAACUCAGAGCCUUUGUUACACGUGGAUGACAAGGCGAUUCAAUGGAAGACGACAGAUAGCGAAGUUCCUAUAUCAGGAUGCAGUAAGCCGUGCCCCACGGGUACAAAACAAUCCUCCAUUAACCGCUGCUGUUGGGAAUGCUUUCAAUGUCCUGAAGGUACUAUCAGCUCAAAAGAAAGCUCUACCAGCUGUAAAAAAUGCAGUAAGGAGCAAAUGUCCAACAAGGAGAACACAAAAUGUGUCGACCUUCCGUUACAGAACAUCCAAUGGGAAGACAGUACGGCGACAGUAGUGCUCUUUCUUACUGCUGUUGGAUUCUUGCUCACUAUUAUCGUCUUUGGAGUGUAUCUUAAACAAAGGUUAACUCCAAUCGUAAAAGGCAGCAACGAGGAACUGAGCUAUCUCUUACUGUUCAUUAUCAGCUUGUCGCUGUUUCUGCCAAUCCUCCAUCUUUUCCACCCUACACCUGCAGUUUGCUAUCUUUUGCAGCCAUGGCGUUAUUUGACUUGCACAGCUUGCGUAUCUAUCCUUUUCCUCAAGACCAAUCGUUUAGUCAAUGUUUUCUACACUGAGCCAGUGCCUCAUUGGUUCAAAGCGUACAUUUUGGGAAGAAAAGGCCAGCUUGUCGUCGUCCUCUCCUUGAACGUGAUCCAGUUUAUCUUAUCAUCCCUGUGGCUCAUUCUAGACCCUCCUCACGUCCACAAAGACAUCACCUUUCAGAAGCACGUGUUCGUCUUCUGCAUGCCGUAUAAAUCAAGCACAGGUCUGAUAAUCCGAGCCGUAAUGUUCGGCUACUUUGUAUUCAUGUCACUCCUGUGCAUCCUAUACGCCUUCAAGGCCCGCAAACUUCCGGAUAAUUUCAACGAAGCUCGUUACAUCGGCUUCUCUCUGUACGUUCUACUAUUGUCGUGGAUAACGUACUACCCCGUGGACUCGGCUCUUGAGGGGUUUUACAUCACCAUCGUGGCGUGUGCCACGGGGCUUAUGAUUGCAUUUGGUGUCCUUGGUUGUAUGUUCUUCCCGAAAAUCUUCAUUAUGUUAGUUUAUCCAGAGCGUAACACCUUAGGUUCCGUCAAAGCCGAAGUAACGGAAUUCUCUCUUAGGAUCAGCUCUGCUCCGAAUCUUAUCAAAGUAAAUCGAAAAGCUUCUUAGCAUCCAAUUUGUAUUUACCCGAUAUACUAGAGUCUUCGUGCCGACUUCCACAGUGCGGCACUAGGAUGGAACGUUAUGUGACAAUUGACUCUGGAAAUUCUGGUAGCCAGGGUACUUUUUACUUAAGGUUGGUUCUCACUUGGACGUAAGCGCAAGCGCAGCGCACGUAAUUUUCCGAUUGUUACUGGAACGCAUGCGCAAGAGAACGCAAGUGCUUGAUUAUCUUGCGCUUGUGUUUGACCAAUUCUCACUUGUGUUGCGAUUCCGUUUGCGCUUGCGUCCUAGUGUGAACUAACCUUUUAGAUCAACUCAUCUUGUAUAGCCUUAUUGAACCUCUCUCUGAACACCCAGAUCUCCAAUCUAGGAAUUUACCCCUGACAUUUAAUUAAGCAGCUAAACAUUAAAGCUCGAUUAGCUCCCCAA